AUGCUGCUCUUGCUGCUUGCGCUGCUUCUGCGCGCGAUCCUGUGCCCGGCCGACGGAUCGCGCUCCGCGGAGCAGCUCCGCCCGGCCGACGAGCUGCUGGCGGCCGGGGCCGAGGCGUACAGCCGCGGGGACUGGCCCGGGGUCAUCCUGCAGAUGGAGCGGGCGCUGCGGGCGCGGGUGGCGCACCGGGAGCGCCUGGCCGGCUGCCGCUCGGGCUGCGCCGCCAACCACUCGGCCGAGGAUCCCGCGCAGGAGCCGCGCCGCCCGCUGGGCGACCUGCGCUUCUUCCAGCAGCUGCUCCGCCGCGCAGCCUGCCUCCGCCGCUGCCUGCCGGACAGCCCGUCCCGCUACCAGCUGGGCGAGGAGGUGAACCUGGAGUUCCGCAAGCGCAGCCCCUACAACUACCUCCAAGUGGCGUAUUUCAAGAUCAACAAGCUGAGCAAGGCCGUCGCGGCUGCCCAGACAUUUUUCUCGGCCAAUCCGGACCACGCCGAGAUGCGGCAGAACUUGGCUUAUUAUCAAAUGAUGGUUGGUGUCAAAGACUCGGAUUUCAUCGAUUUGGAGGCUAAGCCCCACAUGCAAAAUUUCCACCUGGGUGUGAGUUACUACACGGAAGAGAACCCCCAGGCAGCCAUUUUGCACCUGGAGAAGGCGCUGAACGAGUACUGGGUAGCUGACGCCGAGUGCCGGGCCCUCUGCGAAGACCCGUAUAACUACGAUGGUUACAACUACCUCGAAUACAAUGCUGACUUCUAUCAAGCCUUUAUCGAUCAUUACACCCAAGUGUUGAGUUGCAGGCAAGGCUGUGUGAACGAACUGGCACAGGAAGCCGGUCAGGAGAAACCCAACGAAGAUUUCCUCCCGUCUCAUUUCAACUAUCUGCAGUUUGCAUAUUACAACAGUGGCAACUACGGGAAGGCCGUUGAAUGCGCGAAAACGUACCUGCUCUUUUUCCCAAACCAUGACGUGAUGAAGCAAAAUGUGGCUUAUUACGCAGCCAUGUUGGGGGAGCACCUGGCCGAGCACAUCAGGCCCAGAGAGGCAAUCCAGAUUUAUCACCGGCGCAGUCUUUUAGAAAAGGAAUUGCUAUUUUUCGCCUAUGACACCUUCGGGAUUCCUUUCAUCGAUCCGGACACGUGGACCCCGGAAGAAGUGAUUCCCAGAAGACUUCAAGAAAAACAAAAGAUUGAACGCGAGACGGCGGCUCGGAUCUCAGAGGAGAUCGGUAAUCUCAUGAAGGAGAUCGAGCAUCUGGUGGAGGGGAAAACCAAGGAAUCUUCCGACAUGAGUAAACUCGUACGGGAAGGGGGUCCAUUGGUGUACGACGAGCUCAAAGUGACCAUGAACUCCAAGGUCCUGAACGGGUCCCAGCGUGUGGUGGUGGACGGACUCCUCUCCGAAGAAGAGUGCCGGACGUUGCAAAAGCUCACAAAUGCAGCGGCUUCGGCGGGGGACGGUUACAGGGGCCAAACUUCCCCCCACACGCCCAGUGAGACCUUCUAUGGGGUGACAGUCCUCAAAGCCCUCAAGCUGGGGCAGGAAGGCCGAGUCCCCAUGCAGAGCGCCUAUCUCUACUACAAUGCCACGGAGAAAGUCCGUCGCGUGAUGGAGUCCUAUUUCCGCCUGGAUGCCCCUCUGCAUUUCUCCUAUUCUCACCUGGUGUGCCGGACGGCCAUCGAAGAUAAGCAGGCGGACCGGACGGAUCCCAGCCACCCUGUCCAUGUGGACAACUGCAUCCUCAACGCCGAGGCUCUGGUGUGUGUCAAGGAGCCCCCCGCGUACACCUUUCGGGAUUACAGCGCCAUCCUUUAUCUAAACGGCGAUUUCGAAGGAGGAGAAUUCUAUUUUACCGAGUUGGACGCCACCACCGUGACGGCAGAGGUGAGACCCCACUGCGGACGGGCGGUGGGCUUCUCGGCCGGAUCGGAAAACCCUCACGGCGUGAAAGCCGUCACGAAGGGCCAGCGCUGCGCCAUCGCCUUGUGGUUUACGCUGGAUCCCCGCCAGACCGAACGGGAGAGGAUACAAGCCGAUGAUUUGGUUCGGAUGCUCUUCAAAACCGAAGAAACCAAAUUGCCCCCCGAAAUGGGACCGAGCCCGGAAGAGGCCAAAACGCCCCCCAAAGAGGCCGAAAAGAAAGACGAACUAUAGCUCAAUAUCUGGGGUGCACAGCUGGUUCAAACAGCAGGAUUUGGGGGCACCGAAACAAUGGGGUGUGGAUUAUUGGUCUCGGGGGCAAGAGAGAGAGAG